AUGUCCACCACCGCUGGCAGCGUCCUCCACCGACACCUCACUUCGCAUUACCGGGCCUCCGGAGCGUGCUUCCGUUUUGCGUCCUCGGAGAAUGCGGCCACGGCGCUAGCGCACAGUCUUCGCUGGCAAUCGUCGGCUGCACCUCAGAAAGACUUCAGCCACAUAACCCACGAUCUCGUGUGGGGUCUGUGGAACGAGGGCAACCUCUUCUCGCUUUCCGCGGCAGAGCUCAUGUACUACUUGCAGCAACAUCAGCAGCGCUCCGACAGCAGCGUGCUCGUGAUCGACCCUCAGGCGAAGAAAAGCACUCUUGUGCGCCAAGUAGAGGAGGUGCUGUCGGCGGAGCAAGCUAACAUCACGGUGCCUCAGGAUGUCAGCGCGGCGGUUGUCAUGACUGGCUCUGACCGUGUUGAAGAAACGCUUGACGAGGCAGAUGAGUACGGCGACUGGGGUGCUGAGCCUGGUUUCGAAGAGCGUCGCCACAUUGACUACAUGGAGUUCAACCCGCUGCGAAUGGGUGAACGGUACGAGGCGCUCGUGCCGCGCGCGUACCAGCUACUUCACAGCGAGCUCUCCGCUGAUAUUGGUAUGACGGCAGUGGACCCGUCCAAGUUUCCUGGGCAAAGCAAGAACAAGCUUGCAUACCUUGUGUCAAAGGUGAAUGUGGACAAGGCGAAUGAGCAGCACUUCCGCCGCGGGCUCGAGUGGUGCCUCGCCAACCUGUGGAACACGAACAUGAGCGGUGAGCUGAACAUCGGCGCUGGUCGCAUCAUCUUCUACCGCACCAUCGCAAAGCAAAACCGCAAUACUCUCCCUCUCUGGACGCUGCAGCGACACCUCUAUGCCUACCACCCCUAUGUGUGGUUUGCCAUCGCCUCCGCCUCCAACGCGGAGGCGAUGGAGAAACUGGCGGAGCGACUUGGGAUGAAGCUUGUGCAGGAUGCGACCACAAGCUACAAGGUCAAUAUCCGUCGCGCUGGUGAGCUCCUCGACGGAGAGCUGAACGCGCAACUGCAGUGCACGAAGGUGAACCGACCAUGGGACAGGUUUCUCAUCACGCACUAUGUCCGUUCUCAAAUGCCGGACCUUCGGUUUCUCGUGCGUGCGCGCCAUCCAAUCAAGAAGCGUAUCGUAGAUGCGUACCUUGAGGCGGACAUUCUCCGUAGCACUCGUGACUCGGUACAGUCGGUGCUCUCUCCGGAGCUCGGCGAAGUCGGUUACUGCUGCGAGCGCGUGAUUCGAAAGUGGGCGAUGCGGACGCAGACUGGUGUGACGUUGCAGCUGGUGGAGACACGGCGCACGCCGCUUAUCAUUACCAAGGCUGGCGAUGAAGGCGAACGGCUCGAGUAUGAGUGGAUUGUGGUGCUCCCUCAGAAGGCGGAGCGUAUCGAUAUCGUGGCGCUGUCGGAAGAGCUGUGGGGAUACGGUAAUCUGCUGGCGAAGGAGCUAGAGCCGGGUAUGGAGGAGUUCCUGUCUCGCACAAUGACGGCGGCAGCGUCUUAUUAG